UCGUGCUUUGUAGAACAAGGUGGGGUUAGCUGUUGUGCCCCUCUAUGUGACGUCGGAUCUGGUGUGAUUGAUAUCUCUCGGCCUGUGAGCUUGUCUGCAAUUUAUCAGAUCCGACGAGACCUUAUAUCUGGAACAUCGAACCUAGCGAGCCAUCAAGGUCCACGUCUCCGUACAUAUUCAUAUAAUAAGUCCAAGUCACCUGUUAGUUAACAUGGCCGGCUGCCUCUUCUGCAAGAUCAUCAAGGGAGAAAUCCCCUCUUUCAAGCUCUUCGAGAGCGACAGGACCUUUGCGUUCCUCGACAUCAACCCUCUGAGCAAGGGCCAUGCUCUCGUCAUCCCCAAGUUCCACGGCGCCAAGCUCACUGACAUCCCCGACGACCAGCUGAGCGAGAUCCUGCCCGUGGUCAAGAAGCUCGCCGCGGCAACCGGCGCCACCAACUAUAACGUCCUGCAGAACAACGGCCGCAUCGCCCACCAGGUUGUUGAUCAUGUCCACUUUCACAUGAUCCCCAAGCCGAAUGAGGAGCAAGGACUCGGAGUAGGCUGGCCCCAGCAGGCCACAGACAUGGACGCGCUAAAGGCGCUUUGCGAGGAGAUCAAAGCGAAGAUGUGAGGGUGUUUCAAGAGGCUUUCCCCGAAGUAGCUAUAUAUGUUAAUGUAUGGCUAAACGACUACUCGUCUAGUUGAUAGACCUUCAACUCAAAAAGUUCACCCAAAAAAGAAGAA